CCCAUUACAUAAAUAAAUAAAGUACUUGUAUUCAAUUUAGUACAUGCGUGAUUUUUUCCUGUUAGUUAAAUGGAGACAUCGUCUUUUGCUAAAAUGUCGUCUGCUGAAUGGAGUUAUAUACUUUAUUAUAAAGUUAAAUUAACGCGGAGAUCUUUGACUUAAAGACCAAAAGGAGUUAUAAUUUGGCAGCGUUUAAAGGUCAUUAAGAUAGAUAACACAGUUUUGGUUAAAAAGACAAUCAAUUGUUUUGAAAAUCAAUAGCUUUUGUAUUUGUAGGUGAACAUACCGUUUAGACUAUAUAUUUAAUUACGAUUUGAUAUAUUCGAAUAACCGCUAAGCAGUUAAAUAGCCUUUUUAAAUACUCUAACCAUUAAAGUAAUAUUACACUCUUCAUUGUGCUUUUAAUCGUUUAGAAUCGCUUCAUGAUAUCUUAAAAGAUAAAGAGACACAUGAAAAGGAAAGAGGCUUAAGUGAAAAAGAAAGACUGUUGGAGGAUUUGUUUGCUUGUAUAAGAAGAAAAAAAUGGGAGAUUUUGUAGUGGGUUUUGUAAAAACAAUCCGUAUGCAAGGGAAUUACGAUGACCAGGAUAUUUUUAAAAGGUCGAAAUCCGCCACUCCAAAAUUGCCGGAGAGACCGAUGUCGCACACAGUUCUACCUGUUUCACCACCACCUGUUUCAAAACGGUUGGUGAAAACAGCCCUGCAUCAGGCUGUACUUGAUGGUCGUGUGCACCAAGUACGUCUGCUUGUUGAGAAACACGGCGUUGGUGUUGACGUCAAAGAUGUGUAUGGACGGACGCCAUUGAUGUUAACGUCAAUGGUUGAGGAGGAAGCAGGUGCGAGGAUGGCAAAAAUUCUUGUAGCUGCUGGUUCGAACCUAGGUUUACGUGACAACAUGGGCCGAACUGCUCUUAGUUUAGUCUGUUUAAAUGGUAGGGAGAAAAUUGUUGAAGAAAUAUUGAGAAAAGAUAUACUUAACAUAAACGAACCAGACAAUGAUGGGAAUACGCCCUUGCAUCACGCGGCGUCCAGUGGUAAUCCAAACAUUGUGAAAUUUCUUGGAGAACUUUUUGUAAAAUUUGGAUUAGAUAUUGACACAAGAAACAAACUUGGUUAUACAGCACUGUUACUAGCGUGUAGACAUGGCAAUUUCGUUUCAGCUCAUUUUUUGUUAUCAGAAGGUCAAGCUUCGCCAGCUCUGAGGGAUGGCGAAGCGUAUUUGAACGCUACGGAGUGGACACAGAAAGGAUCGAGACAUGCAGUUCUUCCAGCGAGAAGGAUAGCGGCGCCACCUAGUGCGCCGGCUUUUUCAAGGGAGUCAACUAUGUAUCAGAAACCGAUAACUCCGGCAUGUAAACAUACAAGAGCUCAAGCAAUGAUGCCGCAGUGGACUAGGAACACAGACGAUAUCGAGUUAUCACGCAACGAAACCUUCUUCAAUGGUAAAGAUGCUAGGCAGCUAGUCUUAAACGAAAUCAGCUUUGCAGAAACGCACGGAUGGACCACAAAAAAGAACAAGCCAAUAAAACUUGUUCAUCCUUCAACAGCCAAGCUAAUGUCGAUGUCAAAGCGACGCACAAAAUCGGCUGUUCCCCCGGAUAUGACGACAAUAUUCCGGAUGUACUCCGAUCAGUACCAGCCAGAUUGGAGAAAGGAAAGGACCUCGGUGACAUUACAUGCUUCGCACGACAAAGCAAUACCUUCAAUAAUUCGAACCUCGAACUUUGCGCCUCAAAGAUCGGUUGAAGUGUCGAGUUAGUUAUAAUAUUUCAACAGAUUGUGUUUGUUCCACUCUUUUUGAAAAUUCCGUUUAACGAAUUAGUUCAGCGAUUUUAACGGAUAAAUGUGCGUGUUUUUGUUAGUAAGGGUAUAAAUUUUGAAUACAGGAAUAAGAGUUUCUGGAUAAUUUUAAAGACAGAAUAUCCAUGACAUUUGUUUUAUAUUGAAAUAAUAAUAAAGAAUCCAGAGAAACAUCCUCUAUCAUGUUAAUAAAAAAAGCAUUUAUGAAAUAUCAUAAAUUAGAUAUGUAUGUUGUAUCAAGUAUGAUUGAAUAUGUAUCUAAAAAUGCUUAAUUACAGGUAGUUGUACAAAUCAAGAGUAAAAUUAAUUUUGUUUUGAACAAAAUAAAAAAAGGUUAUAGAUUCUAAAUAAAACACCAGUAAAACAAAU